ACCCUGCUCGCCAAAACGCACACACCCCUCGCUCAAACCAGCAGCUUCCUUUCCGCAUCAGAUACGCUCUCUUCAUGGCCGCUCCGCAGUUUCCAUUAGACCCUGGGCUGGCGGCGCUAAUCAUCCUGGAAUACGACGGCGACCGCAACGCCAACCAUUGCUUUCACGGGCACGGGCACGCGACGUUUAUCAACGGUCAGGUGUACGAGGGCGAGUUCUGGGACGGUCGCAUGCACGGACGAGGGCGGCUCGAGUGGCCAGAUGGAGUAGUGUAUGAAGGAGACUUUGAGUACAACGAGAUCUCAGGGUCGGGCAAGUAUGUGUGGCCAGACGAGAGCUGGUACGAGGGGGCCGUGAAGGGGGGCAAGCGACACGGCCACGGAUACUUCCAAAGCAGCAACAAGAUCACCACGUACGAGGGCGAAUGGGUGGACGGCAAGCAGGACGGACUUGGGCGGAUGGUAUACGAUGAGCACAACGGCAUCGAGUACGAUGGCGAGUGGAAAGCAGGGGUCCGCGACGGCCACGGCACGAUGAAGUAUGGCACUGGCAACGUCUACGAAGGACGCUGGGCAAACGGCGUCAAGUGCGGUCAAGGCACAAUGCACUGGUUCGACAGGAUGGAAAAAUAUGACGGCGGCUGGCUGGACGACAAGCAGCAUGGACAUGGGGUGCACGUGUGGAAGGCCACGGAAAAACGGGGCAACCGGUACGAAGGCGAGUUUGCCGACGGUGUGCGCGACGGCUACGGCAUCUUUUACUAUGCGAAUGGGGCUCGAUACGAAGGACAUUGGGAUACGAACGUGAAGAACGGCCUCGGGUUAUUCUUCUUUGAAGACGGCACGAUCUACGAAGGAGAGUUUGUCCAUGACCGCAUGGUGGAUUUGAACGACAACCGCAAACAGUCGUCGGACACGAUCCCCACCAUUUUGCUCUACGUGGACGAUUUGUUGCGGGGCGACGAAAAGGAGCGCGCGCGGGGGCUCAAAGCCGUCCAACAUGCUGUGCUUCGCGUAAACACAGACUUGCGCAAUGUGUACCGCCACUAUGCGUCCUGCGCCGGCACAUCGACGCCGCACGCGACGAGUGAAAACAAUGUGCUCAUGGAAAUGAGGGAACUGUGGCGAUUUGCAGUGGAAUGUCGGCUCAAUGCUAGCAUGGGCAAACUCAACCGCAAGCUGCUCGUGGUGCGGAACGCCCAGAACAAAGCGGUCAAGCGGCUUCGAGUCCAGCGCGAGCGAAAGACGCGCACGAAUUCCCGGGCAUUGGAUGCAAUCGUAACGCCGCGGGAAAAGUGGACCGACGUCCAUGACCCAGAUCGGGUGGUUUUGUUCAGAGAGUUUUGCGAAAUCCUCGUGCGCGUGGCGUGGGAUGACGCGCUCGAGCUCGGCGAGGUUCACAUGUCGGUGGCGGAUGCGUUUACAAAACUGUACGACAACUACAUCCACGACCAUGCAGCUACCCCCAUGGCACCCAUCGAAGCGCUGGAGAUUCAAGUGCACAGCAUUGAAAUGCAGACUGUGUUUCACAAGUUCCACGAGAGUUUGGAGUUAGUGUACCUGCAAUAUGCCGCCCAGGACGGAGCGGCGACGAUGGCGUCGAGUAGUACGCUGACGCCGGAGAACGAUAUCGCGAUGACGGUGCGCAGCUUUGUCAAGCUCUUGCAAGACUAUGGGGUGUUGAAACAGCUUAGCAUCCGGGAUACGCUCAAGGCCAUUCGCAAAGCGUACGAAGUUGAAGUUCGCGAUGGUGACAACGACGAUGACGUGGCACCGCAACACUCGGACGACCUCGAUCCGUUUGCGAUGGACUCCGACAUGAUUUACCCCGAGUUUCUUGAAAACUUGACCAAAGUUGCGCUCGUGAUUUGCCCCCGCAACCUCCCGCUGCCCGUGAUCACGGCCCAAUUCAUCAAGUCCAACUUUGACGACGUUUUGUUCCCCAAACGAGGCAACAGACGCCACAGCACCCUCGACUUGCAGCAAUCAAUUGCAUAAGCAGACCAUAAUAAAUGCGUACCAGUACUAGC